CGACUUGUUCUAUCGUAUCUGUGUCCCGUAUUUGUAUUCGUUUUUGUGUUCCUUAGUCAAAGAUAUUCUUCCUUGGUGUUGUUUCUGCAAUGGUGCAUUCUAUGCAAGUGUCAGAUAGAAGCUUUCUGUCAAUUAUGUUGUUUCUGCAAUGUGCAUAGUCUCUUUAGGCUCGGUGGAUAAAUUCAUUUGAGUUAAGUUUGACUUAGCUAGAACAGAUGACACAUUGCUCUAAACACUAAUCAAAUCAAAACCAGCUCCACUAUCUACCGCUAUGAAAAUUUGAGUUCAUACCACUCAAAAACUCUUCGAUCAUCUCCUUCAUAAACAAACAUUUCUAAGUCGUCUCAAGCAUCAUAAUAUCCAAUAUAAUCAUUUAAUGGCCAUCAAAAUGGAGGACACAUGGCUUCUAAACACUAAUUAAACAAAACCCAAUUCCCACUAAUCCUACCACUAUGAAUUGAAGCAAUCAAAAUAAAGCAAUAUUGAAAAUUCAUAAUCAUAACCCAAUCUCUAAGAUGCCUAUAAAAAGAUGCAUAUUACUCCCAUUUCUCUAACAUAACAUCCAUGGCUUCUUCUUCUUGUUUGAUUCCCAGAACUGUAAUUCUUCUUGUUUUCAUUGUGGGUUUUCUUCUUCCAUUGCAACUGCAGGCCCUGAAAUUGCCAUUUUCUCCUCGCGACAUGCUUCCAUUACUACCAAGAAAGGUGUCAUGGCGGAUUCUGAGCUCUUUCGAAAACCCCGCCAAUCUUCUUCCGGCAUACGUCGGAGCUGUCUCCUCUCCUGAGAAAUCUGUUCAGUGGCAAGGGGCUUGUUUCUAUCAGAACACCGCAUGGUUGGAGUUCCAUAACAAGUCUGGCUCUGAAUAUGGCGGUGGUACGCUUCAUAUAAAGGUUAGCAAUGCACAUAGUCUAACGUGUACGGAUGUUUAUAUCUUUGCAACUCCAUACCGCUGGACUUGGGAUGGCUAUUUUCUGUCUAGAGAACAUACUCUCGAGUUCGAUCAAUGGGAAGGAAAGGAAGAAUUUGAAUAUGUUAAAAGGGAAGGGGUUUCAAUUUUCCUGAUGCAAGCUGGAGUGUUGAAAAGCCUUGAAGCACUGUACAGUGUCCUCCCUUUGUUUGCAAACUCUGAAUGGGGCGAGCAAUCCAAUAUUAAAUUUCUUGAGAAUGAAAUGAGUACCACCUUCAAGGAACGCCCUCCUCCAUGGAGUACCAGCGUCAAUGUUGAUGAUAUCAACUCUGGAGACUUCUUAGCACUGUCCAAAAUUCGUGGCCCAUGGGGUGGCUUUGAGACUCUAGAGAAGUGGGUUACUGGUUCAUUUGCUGGCCAUUCUGCUGUUUGCUUAAGGGAUUCUGAAGGAAACUUGUGGGUUGCUGAAUCUGGGCGGGGCAAUGGUGGAAUGGAGGGUGAUAUUAUUGAUAUUUUAGCAUGGGAUGAAUGGUGGGACUAUGAACUCAACAAAGAUCCAUCCAAUCCCCACAUUGCAUUGCUUCCUUUGCAUCCUGAUUUGAGGGCCAAGUUUAAUGAAACUGCUGCAUGGGAGUAUGCAAGGAGCAUGGUUAAGAAACCCUAUGGCUAUCAUAACUUGAUUUUCAGCUGGAUUGACACCACCCACGGAAACUAUCCUUCUCCCUUGGAUGCCCAUAUGGUUGCUUCUGCUAUGACUAUAUGGAAUCAAAUGCAGCCGACCCUGGCAACAAAGUUGUGGAAUGAAGCUCUAAACAUACGACUUGGAACAAAGGGGCUUGAGCUUCCUGAGAUUCUAGUUGAAGUGGAAAAGCGAGGAUCAUCUUUUGGGGAACUACUGGCUAUUCCUGAACAGGAUGAUUGGAUCUAUGAAGACGGGAAAUCAGCAUCAUGUGUUGCUUUUGUCCUUCAAAUUUACAAGGCAGCUGGCCUUUUUGGUCCGCUUGCUACCUCAAUUCAAGCCACAGAGUUCACUAUAAAAGAUGCAUACAAUCUCAACUUUUAUGAAAACAAUUCAAGCCGGCUCCCAAAAUGGUGCAAUGGUGGGGAUAAUGUGACGCUUCCAUAUUGUCAAAUUCUUGGAAGGUAUAGAAUGGAUUUGCCUGGAUAUAAUACCAUCCAACCCCAUCAACAUAUGAACGAAAGGUGCCCUUCUCUUCCAACUUACUUCCAUCCAAACAACUGCUAGAAACCCUCUUCAAGGUUUCUUUCGUGUCGUGCGGGUUGGCUCUUGAAUACUUGAUGAUAAUAAGUAGUCUUGCCUUUAGUUUAAGGUUUGAUGGGAUACUCACUAAUAACAGACGUACCUAGAAAUAAGACGUCUUACAAUAAAGUAAUAAGAAGUUCAUCAUUUCGUUUAA